AUGGCCGCAAGAUCCAUUGUGGACUCCAAGCAGGCUGAGGAGGUGGUGCAGGGCAUCCCGACCGAGGUGGUGUGCACAGCCUUCGCCAACACGAUCCUGGUGGUGGUGACCCAGUACGGGAAGAUGGGGACCCUCGUCUCGGUGGAGCCGAACGUGGUGGCUGACGGCAUCAGCAGCCCUUUGCUCACCACAAAAGUCCUGCUUGGCAAAGAUGAGGUUUGUUCAUUCAUUCUUUCUUCCGCAAUUCUGUCCAGAAAAGCACACGGUCCCUGCCCACAGGCUUGUCAGCCUUAGUAGACACGACACAAAAGGAAAAAAGAUUGGGGAGGGAAGAGGAAAACUGGAGGUUUGUUCAUUCUUUCUUCCGUAAUUCUGUCCAGAACAGCACACGGUCCCUGCCUGCAGGCUUAUCAGCCUAAGUAGACACGACACAAAAGGAAAAAGGAAUGGGGAAGGAAGAGGAAAACUGGAGCCAAAUUCUUGCAUACCGUUGAAGCAACCGGCUGUGCUGCAUUUUCAUGACAGCUGGUGGCAUUUACCAUUAACUGUGGUGAAAAUGGGCUGCCUCUUGGGCCCCUGAGAAAUAUUCAGGUGACCCAAGCCUCAAGGAGGUGGCUUGGCAGGGGGUUGGACUCGAUGGCCUUUGUGGUCUCUUCCAACUCUAUGAUUCUAUGAUGUCGUAAGGUAGCCCUCGGUCUCCUAGCUGAAAACUGCUAGACCACAUGGAGAUGUCUGGAUACCAGUUUAGCAACUGACAUCUCCAUCUGGCAGCCUGGCGUGGCUGCAAUUUUGUGCCUGUCAGCUGGUCUGUGGGGCAGCACGGCGCCAACAGACACAACUAUUUUGGUGCCCUGCAAAUCAGCUGGCUCGCACAGCACCCACAGAGGCAAGUCUCUUGCUGCUGCGCUGCCCCGCAGACCAUUUGCUUUGUAAUCUUGUAAGGAAAAAAAGUGCCUGGCAUAUCGCUGUGGGGACCGUAACCUCGAUUUAAGGUGUCUGUGGCGAUCACACAGGGUCCCCUGAAGUUUAACGGUCUAUUGAUCCCUGUGCCAGCACUGUGCUCGCUUCCCCGCUGCCACCAACCAGUUACUCUCUAGUAAAACACUUGAGUCCAGUCAGUUGUUAAAAGUGAACCAAAAGAAAACCAAAACAAGUUUAUUUUACAAACAUUAACAAGUUUAUGGUUUCUCUGAUAAUAUUCCUGUCAGUACAGUGGUGCCCUGCAAGACAAAUGCCUCGCAAGAGGAAAAACUCGCUAGACGAAAGAGUUUUCCGUUUUUUGAGUCGUUCCGCAAGACGAAUUUCCCUAUGGGCUUGCUUCGCAAGACGAAACGUCUUGCGAGUUCUUGCGAGUUUGUUUCCUUUUUCUUAAAGCCGCUAAGCCGUUAAUAGCCGCUAAGCCGCUAAUAGCCGCUAAUAGCCGUGCUUCGCAAGACGAAAAAACCGCAAGACGAAGAGACUCGCGGAACGGAUUAAUUUCGUCUUGCGAGGCACCACUGUAUCUUAACUUUAGUUUCUUUACCGGCCUAUACCUUCCUAACACCUUCUGGCUGAUUAUCUCAACUGUUUGACUGACUCCUCUUAACAAAUUCUCUCACUCUCUCACACCAGACUAGCCCAACCCACAGACUUAUCUGUCUCUUCCAACUCCAGACUGUCUUCUUAACAACUCUAACUAACUAAAAAAACCCUCUGUGCUUAAACCUUAUACACAGUUAACUCUGCCCCCUGGGUUCCCACUGGUUAGACAUUUUACAAUUAGUUAACCCUUCCCCUAUGAGCCCAGUAUGAUGUCACACACCUAGGAUAGCAAACACCACAGUGCCAUUUGACUCCUCGAAUUUAUAUCUCGGUUUCUAACAUGGGUUGAUUUCCAGCCCCUCGUCCACAUCUGUGCCAAACAUCUGGCGACGCCGGUCUCUCAGGAAGCUGGGAACAAGCCGGUUCUCCUGGCGUUGGCCUUGAAGGACAAGAGCGUUGAAGGGAUACGGAUCCUGCAAGAGGUGAUUGGCCGAUGCCGGGUGUGGUGA